GCCAUAGAAGAGGCUCUUGCAGUUGCAGGCUCGUAGUUUGUUUCAGAAUUGCAUUUUUUGCGUAAUUUGAGUAUCGUAUGGUGGUGGUGAACUAGAGGAAAAAGCCAGCGACCAGCUAUGAGCACCGAACAGCCUCCUCCUUCAUCUGCUUCUUCAGUUCCAAGUCUAAUUAUCCCUUCUUCGUCUCCUUCUUAUCAGCUCUGCAAGGGCGUCAAUGGCCUUGAGAAGGUCCUUCUUCGUGAGUCCCGGGGCAGCUCCGCUGAGGUGUACUUAUAUGGUGGUCAUGUGACCUCUUGGAAGAAUGACCAUGGGGAGGAGCUGCUUUUCCUCAGUAGCAAGGCUAUAUUUAAGCCUCCAAAGUCCAUUCGAGGAGGGAUUCCAAUAUGCUUUCCUCAAUUUGGAAACCAUGGUACACUUGAGCAGCAUGGAUUCGCAAGAAACCGGUUCUGGGCCAUUGACACUGAUCCUCCUCCUUUCCCAGCAAAUACCUCCAGCAAGGCUUUUGUUGAUUUGAUCCUUAAACCCUCUGAAGAAGAUGCAAAGAUUUGGCCUCACAGUUUUGAAUUCCGUCUUAGGGUAGCUCUUGGACCAGGAGGAGACCUGAUGUUAACAUCUCGGAUUAGGAAUACAAAUCCUGAUGGGAAGCCAUUUUCAUUCACAUUUGCUUAUCAUACAUAUUUCUCUGUGUCAGACAUAAGUGAAGUUCGGGUUGAGGGAUUAGAGACGCUGGAUUAUCUUGACAACUUGCAGAACAAGGAGCGUUUUACUGAACAGGGGGAUGCUUUAACGUUUGAAUCUGAAGUGGACAAGAUAUAUCUCAGCACUCCCACAAAGAUUGCAAUUCUUGAUCAUGAGAAAAAAAGAACAUUUGUGCUACGUAAAGAUGGACUUCCUGAUGCUGUGGUAUGGAACCCCUGGGAUAAGAAAGCAAAGGCUAUGGCUGAUUUUGCGGAUGAUGAUUAUAAACAUAUGCUUUGUGUAGAGGCUGCUGCUGUUGAAAAAUCUAUCACUUUAAAACCUGGUGAAGAAUGGAGAGGGAGACUAGAGCUUUCGGCCGUUCCCUCUAGUUAUUGUAGUGGGCAAUUGGAUCCUCAGCGAGUUCUUCAGGGAAUCUGAAAGAUCCAUUACUUUGUCCUACACGACUUAUUCUGCAGGUAUCUUGUUGGGACACGGAUGGAUCACGACAGGAAAGUUUCUCCUGGCGCUUACCUCCUUCAUGUUCCAAUUGAACCUGUGUUGGACGGAUACAAAUGGUGAAUAGCAUUUUGUUAGUUAAUAUUUUGCCUGUAAUGAUGGAUGACUAGUUUGAUCAUGGCGAAUUGAAACUGAAACAGCAUAUAACAGAAUUGUCGUCAGUUAUUGUCAUGGCAGAUUGAAAUUACAGCCUAAAUUCAACAGAUUUUCAUGUUGAAUUCAGUGGCGCAGAGGGAUUACUUUUUGAAUCCGCUUCUUAGCUUGGGUUUUUGGACCCCCCCAUAAAUUGUUUAUUUCUACAUGUUCUAGGCUACUGUAUUCUUGAAGCAUAUCUUAUAAUACACAAGGGUUUGUACAAGAACUGUUGACUGGUUAUAUAUGAACUA